UUCAUUUAGAUUUACUGCACAUCGGAUGUCUCAUGACCCAAUUGCGGGUCGCAAUUACACCCACGUCGUAUAAUCAUGCGAUUACAGUGACUUGACUCAUUUGGUGAAGGCCCCAGAACAGUUUAUUAACAUCGAGUAAAUUACCAAGGAGACCAUGUCUCGACCCCGAGCCUGGCAGCAGCAAGCUCUAGCAGCACAGCGGCGUGACAACGAACUCCGCCGUGCUGAAGAACUCCGGAAGGUGGCUAACUACUUUGAGAGCAACACAAACAGGUCCCGUCACCAUGAGCAGUGGACUACUGAAGGGUAUUAUGAGAAGGCUAAGAAGGAAGCAGAGCUCUUUAGCUCUAGGAAACUAAGAGCUAUACAACUUGAGGAAAGAAGAAAAAAGUUAGAACUCAUGUUGUUUCAAGAAAAUAUGCAGUUCCAACAAGAAAUGAAGGCUUUGGCUGCAAAGCCCAAGCUUUAUAAAAAUGGGUCAUACCUAAACGACGUGCCAACAUCGACCCUAAAAGAAAUCAACCAGGGCAUCAUGGACAAGGAAGAACAGUUACGAAGACAUGAGGCUGAAUUGCGGCUGCACCACGCGUGGCGUCUUCGGCAGCCAGAGUUGCGAGCUGCCACAGCGUAUGUUGCCAAUGGGAGGCUUAAAUCUGCAUGGACACAACAAAUAGUGGAGAAGGAGAUAGCAAGAAAGAAGGAGGAAGAAGAAACCUUGAAGAUACUUCAGGAAAGAGAUGAGGCGUUGAGAAAACAGAUAGAGAAAGAAGAAGAACGGUUAAAAGAAAAGGAGAUGCAAAUGAGGGAGCUCCGUGGAAGCUUAGAAGGUCAAAUCGCCGAGCUAAGCGAGAAAGAGACAAUCGUCAAACGCCUACAAAGAGAAGAAGAAAGGGAACUCCUUAUCCUAGACGAGCUAAAGUUCAUAUCGAGCGAGCGGGACAGAGAAUUGACUCGACUCGUGGCAGAAAGGGACGCAACUAUAGUGAAUAUGGGGCUACAUAAGUAUAAGUUGAAGAAGAAAGUUAUAUCGGUGUUGGAGGAAAUUGAGUUGGAUUUGCAAAUGGUGGAGAAGUUGAAGAAGGCUGUUUUGAAAGAAAUAGAAUCCAUCGAAGACAGAAGAUCGAGCUACAAGCGCGUCUUAGACGCAGCAUUAGAAGAGUUGCACGAGUAUCGCGAGCGCGAGCGAACGAGACAGAAGAACAUUGACGCUAUGUACGACGGCGAAGCGAGGCAGCUGAGCGAGAAACAAGAUAAGCUCUGGGCUAAAGAGCGUGAAGCCCGCGCUCUCCUCAUGAGCGAUGUCCUCUCCACCCUAAGAAGACAAGUAGAAGAAAAAGUAGAAGCGAGCAGGAUGCAGCAACGGGCUAACGUGAAAGAGAGAGAGAUCCUGGAGCAGAUGGAGAGCUUCCAUCACGAGGUGAAGACCAGGGAGAGAGACGCUCAGUUAAAGAACGCAGCCUACUCAACGAUAUCAGCUCUCCAAUCCCAGCUGAAAGGCCUCAAUGUGCAGAAGCAGAAGUUAGAAGAAGCAGCCGAGAAAGAAGCAGAACUUCGCGAAGCUAGCGCGAACGAGAGAAAACUUAGGACGGAGAUCGCUAGGAUUAACAGGGACAGGACUGAACAGGCUUGGGCGUAAGGUAGAUCAAUUUAUAAACUAGUGAGUAUAUAGAAGAAAAUGGGAUUAAGAGUUCAGAAGUAAGAAGCAGCGGAGAAGGAGACAGAACUUCGCGAAGCUAGCGCGAAUGAGAGAAAACUUAGGACGGAUAGCGCUAGGAUUAACAGGGACAGGACUGAACAGGCUUGGGCGUAAGGUAGAUCAAUUUAUAAACUAGUGAGUAUA